GCUUUGAAGAAUAGUUGACGCCAUCAUUUUUCUUGGCAUGUCUUGUUACUGAAUCACAGAAUCAACAUGAAAAAAUGGAUAACCUGAAAGAAAGUUUUCAGACACACUUUCCAUAAAUAAACUACCUUCAAAUACCCUUGUAGAUCUACAGAACUAUCUUGAUAACUCUCUUUGGAGGACUUCUAAAAUGGAGUCAAAGAAAGCUUGGAAACUCAAGGACUUCACUGCCCACAGUGCUGAUGUAAAAUGCCUUGGUUUGGGCCACAAGUCCGGCCGAGUUAUGGUUACCGGUGGCGACGACCGGAAAGUCAACUUGUGGUCCGUUGGCAAACCUCAGUGCAUAAUGAGUCUUAUUGGGCACACUACAAGCAUUGAGUCAGUACGUUUCAACCCCAACGAGGAACUCGUUGUAGCGGGUUCUUUCUCAGGGGCUCUCAAAAUCUGGGAUCUGGAGGGUGCCAAAAGCCUAAGGACUCUAACAGGUCAUAAAGCUGGUAUAAAGGCACUUGACUUCCACCCUUAUGGCAAUUACAUUGCAUCUGGGUCAAUGGACUGCAAUGUUAAGCUCUGGGAUGUACGGAGGAAAGGCUGCAUUUACACAUACAAGAGCCACAAAGAUGCCGUGAACUGUCUACGAUUUACUCCAGAUGGUCUCUGGAUAGCCUCAGCCAGUGAAGACAACACAGUAAAGAUCUGGGAUUUAACUGCUGGAAAACUUUUGUCUGAGCUGAAAGACCACACAGGCCCAGUGAACAUUGUGGAGUUCCACCCGUCAGAUCUUCUGUUGGCAUCUGGUAGUACAGAUAGAACUGUUAAAUUUUGGGAUCUGGAAAGUUUCAAGUGCAUUUGCAGUUCAGAUACAGACAGGAACCCUGUCAAGAGCAUAUAUUUCCACCCAGAUGGCUCGUGCCUGUACAGUGCCACAGGUUUCUCCCUCAAAGUUUACGGCUGGGAGCCGUUUGUCUGCCAUGAGGUGGUCCCCGCUGCCUGGUCGGACAUAGCUGAUAUGGCCGUGGCAAACUCGCAGCUGAUUGCGUCCUCCUACAACAAAACCAAUGUUUCCUCCUAUGUUGUUGAUUUGAAACAAGUAGCGCCUACUGGAACUGAUGGCAAGUCUGACAGUCUGCGUGCUGGCAUGAACAGUUCUCGAAGGAGUUUCAUCACUGAGCGACCCCCUACCUCUUGUUCUGCUGAGCCAAGUGAACCAAAGCGCUCAAACACACCACCAGAAAAGAAUGAGAGCAAUGAAGAUGACGGGUCAUUAUCCCGGGCAGAGAUUCAAAACCAGGACGAGUACCACAAGCUGUAUGCUGGACGUGCCAAUGCAAAGAACAAGGCAGAACCAUUCCGCCCGCCUUUUGAAGAUGAUUAUACUGACCCGGUGAAAGCGUCCCCAUCCGUGCGGAAAGAAGUUUCUCCUCGAGUCCGGCAUUCACCCCAGGAACCUGUUAGAGAACCACCGAAGGAAACGCCACAAGCCAAAGAUUCCGUGUUGGCGGAGGACUUCCUUCCUAAACAGAAGCCUUCAGCGUCCGGGUCCAACAACGUCUCUGAAGGUGAGCUGGUGGAAGUUCUCACCAAGGGCCACAGCACUAUGGUGGCCGUGCUUCAGCAACGCAGCCGCAAUCUGCAGAUUGUCCGCACCAUGUGGACCUCGGGAAAUACUAAGAGUGCAGUGGACUCUGCCAUCAAUAUGAAGGACAAGGCAGUGCUGGUGGACCUUCUCAACAUCAUCAACUCCAGGGCAUCACUCUGGAAUCUGGAUCUAUGCAACUUACUCCUCCCAGAGUUAAAAGAUCUCUUGUGUAGCAAGUAUGAGAGUCAUAUCACAACAGCUGCGAAUGCCGUGAAGCUGGUCCUGAGGAACUUUGGUAAUGUCAUCAAGUCCAACAUGGAGGAGCCCCCAUCCUCUUUUGUAGACAUUUCUCGUGAGGAAAGACACAAGAAAUGCCUGGCGUGCUAUACAGUGCUAAGCUCCAUCAAGUCUUUGAUCCGCUCCUCGCAAUCGACCACAACGCCGAAAGUUGCCAGCGAUUUCCGCGAGAUCAUGAUCCUGCUUUCGGGCAUAGAAUGAUGACAGAUGCCACUCCACUCCAGAACGGCAAAAAUACGGACUGAGAUGACAAUGUGACCCAUGACCCUUGACCUGCCAUCUGCUGUGAUGAAGGAACUGUCUGUCUUGUGUGCACACUAUGAGGCUGGGCUGUGUCGGCUUUGAGGAAUUAGAAAAAAGAAAUAUUGAGCAAAGUUUUUAUGGAUGGGUGUCUUACCGACAGAAGUUUAUGAGUUAUCUUCUUCUCCAUCUCCUCCUACUCCUUCUCUGCCUCCUUCUCCUCCUCCUCUUUCUUCUUCAUCAUCAUCUUCUCCUCCUCCUUGUUAUUCCAGAUCUGAAAAGAAAAAUGACGGUGAUGACAAUCCAACCUCCACCCACCCAAUCGUAUGUCCUACAUCUUGCAAAAAAUGGACGAUAUCUUUUUUCAUAUGGUUGACUGAUUGUUCGAACUGAUGUCAGCGGCAAGUGAUGAAUGUUGAAUGUUGAUUUUUGCUGACUGGAUUGUUUCCUGGUUUUCACAAGGAAUACGUUACAGCUGUUUAAAGAGGUUGUUUUUUCCUUUGUGGUGCAAAAACUGAAAAAAAA